AUGAAAUCAGCAGAUGGACCCAAAUCGGCCAAUCCUUUCAGAGAAUCAGAGCUCAAAUCCAAACCUAAUGGUCCCAACCAAAAGCCCCACGAGGGAGACUCCGAAACCUUCGCCACCACUAAAAUUUCCACUUCAGAUUUUGAGUAUUGUUUCAUCUUAUCCCUUCCCCACGACCCCCGGUUCCACCUGUUCAACUUCUGUAACUUUCUAGACCCAUCUCCCACUUUCCCUCUCCCCAACAAAUUCCCACUUCUCCUUGCGCCCCGACAUGCUUUCCAUCAGUCUCGAACUCACUCAUCUCCUCCAAUGGCGACUCUUUCCACUACCAAUAUCUACUCAUACUCUGCUUUCAGAAGAACCCCUAAUUCUCUGCUUUCUCCAUUUCAUCUCUCCAAAUGCCUAUCUGGCCAGAGAACCCACCUCUCAUUUUCCCUACCCCCCAGAAAAUUUAUCAAGUGUCAAGUCAAAGCGGAGAGAAAUGAUGAACCCUCUUCUUCAUCUUCGUCCUCUGUCACUGUGGCCUCGGAAAAGGCCGAGGACGGGGAAACCCAUAAGGGGGAUGCGAGUGAAGACAGAGAAGCAGAGGAGGAGGAGAAAGAGAUACAGCAAGAGAUGGAUUGGAAGACAGACGAGGAGUUUAAGAAGUUCAUGGGUAGUCCUUCAAUUGAGGCAGCGAUUAAGCUGGAGAAGAAGAGGGCUGACAGGAAGCUCAAGGAGCUUGACAGGGAAAGCAGCGAUAACCCAAUUGUGAAGUUGUUUAACAAUUUGGUUCGGGAUAAUUUGGCUCGGGAAAAGGAAAGGUUGGAGGAAGCAGAGGAGGCUUUCAAGGCUCUUGACCUUAACAAGUUGAAAAGCUGUUUCGGGUUUGAUACAUUUUUCGCAACAGAUGUGAGAAGAUUUGGGGAUGGAGGAAUUUUCAUUGGGAAUUUGAGGAAACCAGUUGAAGAGGUCAUACCCAAGUUGGAGAAAAAGCUAUCAGAAGCGGCUGGGAGGGAGGUGGUGUUGUGGCUCAUGGAGGAAAAGGCUAAUGACAUAACAAAGCAGCUUGCCCCUAACAUCUGUAAUUGUGGAUGUUUUAAGGCCUGUAUGGUACAACCCAAGUCUGAGAUUGAUCUCCAGUUUGAAUCAACAAAGCUCAGCACUCCCUGGGGCUAUGUCAGUGCAAUAGUUCUAUGUGUUGCAACUUUUGGUACCAUAGCUUUGAUGAGUGGCUUCUUCCUUAAGCCUAAUGCUACAUUUGACGACUACAUAGCCAACGUUGUGCCUCUUUUUGGCGGCUUCCUUUCCAUCUUAGGAGUUUCUGAGAUAGCCACAAGGGUAACAGCAGCCCGGUAUGGUGUUAAGCUCAGUCCAUCUUUCUUGGUUCCCUCUAAUUGGACAGGGUGCUUAGGAGUAAUGAAUAACUAUGAAUCUCUCCUUCCAAAUAAGAAGGCACUGUUUGAUAUUCCGGUGGCCCGCACAGCCAGUGCUUAUCUAACAUCUCUGGCGCUUGCAAUUGCUGCUUUUGUAGCUGAUGGCAGUUUCAAUGGAGGUGAUAACGCCUUGUAUAUAAGGCCUCAAUUCUUUUACAAUAACCCAUUGCUUUCUUUUAUACAAUUUGUGAUUGGACCAUACUCGGAUGAUCUCGGGAACGUAUUGCCUUAUGCAGUCGAAGGAGUAGGAGUUCCCGUUGAUCCCCUCGCCUUUGCUGGACUUUUAGGAAUGGUGGUGACUUCUUUGAAUCUAUUGCCUUGUGGAAGACUAGAAGGAGGGCGAAUCGCACAGACCAUGUUCGGGAGAAGCACGGCCACCUUGUUGUCGUUUGCAACUUCGCUUCUGCUUGGCAUCGGCGGCCUUAGCGGCAGUGUGCUGUGCUUAGCUUGGGGGCUCUUUGCGACCUUUUUCCGCGGCGGAGAAGAAGUGCCUGCGAAGGACGAGAUCACACCGUUGGGAGAUAACAGGUUCGCGUGGGGCUGCGUCCUCGGUCUUAUCUGCUUCCUCACUCUCUUCCCAAAUGGAGGGGGCACUUUCUCCAGUCCUUUCUUCGGUGAUCCCUUUUUCAGGGGUAAUCUAUAA